CGAACUCGCGGCCGACCCAGCACCCGCGGGUUGGGAAGGGUUAAAGAGGCGCGUCGGUGGGUCGCGGACUGUCCGGCUGCCUCCGCCUCCUUCGGUCGGAUCCCCGUUCUCCCGCGGCUGCGCCGGCUCGGCCGCCCGGGAAACAAAGCGCCACCGCGGCUGCGGCCACCGAGCAAGUCCCAGACCAUGGCCGGGCGGUCCCCUGGCUCCGCGCCUCCAGUCCGGCCGUCGCCGUCGCCCUAGGCCGCGCCGCGAGAUGUGGAAACAGAGGCCCAUAGAGGCUUAAAGCUUGCCUGGGGUCACACAGCCUGGACACUGCAGAGCUGACAUUUGAAUCCAGAGAAGAGCAAGCUGAAACCAGAACUGGGCAGAGGGCAGGGAAGUGAGCAGUGGCCUGAGAGGCCCCGAGCCCCCGCAGGCCCCGCCAUGAAGCUGAACGAGCGCAGCCUGGCCUUCUACGCCACGUGCGAUGCCCCGGCCGACAACGCGGGCUUCCUGUACAAGAAGGGCGGCCGGCACGCAGCCUACCACCGCCGCUGGUUCGUGCUGCGCGGCAACAUGCUCUUCUACUUCGAGGAUGCCGCCAGCCGCGAGCCCGUGGGCGUCAUCAUCCUGGAGGGCUGCACCGUGGAGCUGGUGGAGGCCGCCGAGGAGUUCGCCUUCGCGGUGCGCUUCGCCGGGUCCCGGGCCCGCACCUACGUGCUGGCGGCUGAGAGCCAGGCCGCCAUGGAGGGCUGGGUGAAGGCGCUAUCGCGGGCCAGCUUCGACUACCUGCGCCUGGUGGUGCGCGAGCUGGAGCAGCAGCUGGAGGCGGUGCGCGCGGGCGGCCGCCCACCCCCGGCCCCCCGGCCCCGCGCCCUCCCGCCCAAGGAGAACGGCUGUGCGGUCUGGAGCGCCGAGCCCCCCGCCACCCCCGCGGCCGCCGCCCCUGCCUCCCUGCCCGCCCCGCCACUGCCGCCCCGCCGGCGGGCCUCGGUGCCCAACGGGCCUCUGGACUCAGUCCCCUUCACCCAGCUGCACGAGUGGUACGGACAGGAGGUCAGGGCGCUGAGGAGCCAGUGGCUCAGGAGCCAGGCCCAGCUCUGAGGAUGGGGUGAGGGCCUGAACUGCGGGGUAGUGGUCAAGGCCUUGAGUCAGCAGGGGUCCUGGUUCUGGUGCCACUCCAGCCCCAGACCUUGCUUGGACAAGCCCAGCCCUGAGACACUGGGGGACCUGGUCCUGAGGGAAGGAGUGGCCAGGGUCGGCCCUGAGGUCCCUGUCCGACCUGCUUUUGGAGACUCAGGCUCUGAGAAGACGCUGAGUUCUGAGGAGUACUCUGGGACCUCAGAGGAGUAACUCAGAGAAAGCCCACCUUGAGGGGGCCAUCGUGUCCCGUUCUCAGGAGAAUCCAGACCCGGAAUGAGCCUCAAGCAGCUGGAGGGCUGGUUUCGUGGGAACUGUAGCCCCAAACCCAGACCUGCAGGUGCCCUGGUCUCCUGGCUGGGAGUCACCCAGGGAGGCUUGUUGCUGGCAGCAGGCCUCGGCUGGGGUGACUGGGACAUGCGGGGAUCUGUGGCUUGGAAGGCAUGUGCCCAGUCAGCCGUGGUGCGGAGGCUCCAGACUGGGCCUCCAAUGGACAGAGAGGAGGUGGGGUUGUGCUACACAGCAUCUGGGCCUGACCUCCUUUUGCCCCCAGGGCCCACCAGAGGAGCAGCCUGGCUCCUGGCCGCCUGCCUGCCUCCAGAAGCAGCAGGUACAGAAGGCAGCACAGGCGUGGGUUUUCCUGUGAGAUCAGUACCGUGAGAUCGCCUGGUCCCCAGGGCUUCUCACCUGGAGUGAGGCUGAGGCAGGACUUUACCCUGGGGCCUCAGCCAGGCCUUGAGGUGGUGCUCUGGGCACAGUAGUGGCCUUCUGGCCGUGGGCCAUGUCUGUGUUCCUGUGAGAGUGCUCACGCUCUCCCUACACUCCUUAACCACAUCUUUCACCCCUGGCCUGGGGUGGCGCCUCUCAGGAGGUCACCUGACCAUGUCCAGUCCUGGACUGGGCAGCUUUGGCCUGAGCUGACUUUCUAGCAGGUUUCCUCAGGGAGGAGGGGCCACGAGCUGACUCAGAGCCUAGAAAGGGCCCAGAUGCCAAUCUGAUAGGGGCAAAGAAACAGCUGAGAAGCCAUGUUUGGCUUCUAGAACCCUCUUCCUCUUUCACAGCCCCUCUCUGAGCUCACAGACUCAGCCCUCCUCUCAGCCAUAAUAUUCCGAGAGGGAGACCAGGUCUUACUUUGCUUCGAGACCAACUUCUGUUUCACUCUGUUCACUCACCACAGUGGCCAUUCUUCAUCCAGGGAGAAUCUCAGGGGCCCUGGGGUACCCUUGACCCUCCACCCAGGUCAUGUUUACAGUCCUCAGUGCCCCCACAUGGGGACCCCCCUGAGGAUACCUCCACUUCAAUCUUUAUUUCCCCAGGUUCCUUCUUGGUGACAGACUCAGCUCUUGAUCCCUUUCUGCUGCCUUUGGGGACCCUGAGCACAGGGAAGAGUGGGGAUGCUGUCUGUGUGUCUGCAGUCACCAGCUCACUGCUGGCUCAGUUGACUGGGGCUUCAAUUUUAAUUUAAUUUUAAUACUUAGGGUGUUUCCCCCCCCAUCCCCCAGAGCAACAAAGCUUGGUGUUUCACUACUUUGGUUUUUCAUUGGCUGGUGGGAAGGGUUAGGGUGCCCUGGUCUGGGCUUGGCCAGUGGAGGAGGGGGUGCUAGUUGGCUCUCUCCCCAGGGAGAGGGCAGGAGGCCUUGUGGAGACACGCACCUCAAGGAUGCCACCUGGUUCUCUGCCUUCUCCCUGGCAAGCCUCUGGGGCUCUUGGGUACACUUUCCAACCCCCCUUCCUCAUGCCUUGAGUGGUGGGGGUGGGGAUGGCAGCUCUCAUCUGUAGGCUCUAGGUCUCAGGGUGUUGGAGUGGCCCGGUGCCCCUGUCCUGGCCAGACCUAGCUGUGGGGUGAGGUGUUGGCCUCAGUCCUGUGUAAGUUUACAAGCUCUAAAGGUACAAUCCCCCUACACCCCCCACCAAAGCACAACAUGGGGUCAGGCUGCUUCUUGAGUUGGGUGCUGGAGAGCUAUCGGGCAGCCGGGGAGAAGGAUAUAAAGGCUAAAAUAAAAUAAAGUGUAUCAAGUAA